CCGUUAUUAGUAAUGUGGUGUCAACAACAGCACAUCUGAUGAUGUCAGACGGCAGAGGCUUAUAAGUGAUCAAGAGAAUUAGCUUGUGUGUUGAUACUUAGGCUAUUUAUCUAGGUAUAAGUCAUUCAGCGUACACCUGUCAACACUUCACACACGGUGGACUGGUGAGAGGACACUUUUUCAAAGGGAUGUGAGAGAGACAGGAUGGCCAGUCUAGAGGAGGUUCCCUUUAAGAGCCCUCUGGGCCCACUACCACUGGGGCCAUUACAGGAGCCGGGGCCCCUGGGAGGAGAGAUAGACCUGGUUACGGCCCCACAGUUCACCAUACCAGACUACCUCCAGAUACUACAAGACACUGAGUAUGAAUUCACCUUGGAGAACUGGGUGAUGUCUGCGCUCCAUGGAGGAUGCUACCCCCCCAGGGAUGCCCCGGCCCCUUCCUGCCCCCCGUACUGGCUCAUGUUCUCCAGUCCCCAGGAGAGUCGCCGGGCCAGCAGGUGGAACAGCCCUGCCCCCCGACCAAGGAGCCACAGCCUAAGCUCUGUGGACGCACGCCACCUUAACCACCACCCCCAACCCCACCACCACAGCUGCCACCACAGCCACCGCAAAAUCCAGUUAAUGGUCUCCGACUCGGAUGACGAAGCCGGCUACUCUGAAGACGACGAGGGCUCCUCCACUGAAGAUAACGCCUCAGGCUCAAAGUCACACCGUGGAGCCUCUCGUGGUGGUAAACGGCCACGGUCGCAAAGCUCUGCACCAAAACACCCACUAUCCAGAGUCAAAGACCACCAUCUUGGAUCUUCAGGCUCCUCAUCGGCUCAUCACCACUCUAACCAGACUUCCGCUCAAGGUCGAGGCUACCAGGGCCGCAGCAGGAGGGCCAACUCUUCCUCAGUCCUGGACUGCAGGAGGCAAGGGUCGUUCACUGGGCUCACGCAGGAGCAGGGGCAUGCCAACAGCCACCAGUGUCAUGGCAGACCCACCACCAGCCCACUUUGCCACGGUCAGGCCAGCAGUCCCCAGUGUCAUGGCGAUCAGAGGCCCUGCAGGAAGGAUUGCAGCAGGCAGCAGCAGGAGUCAUCGUCCUCUGGCCUGGAAGAGUCCUCUGUGCGGGUCGGUAGUCCCCAGUGGCAUGGUCGGGAUGGAAGUCCCCAGUGUCAUGGUGGCCAGAGGCACUGCAGCAGGAAGAGGCAGCACUCUUUGUGGUCAAUGGGAAGGAAGAACUCUGUGAACCCACAGCAGCCACCACGACCAUCUUCAGCUGGCCCUCAAGUCAAGCACAACAGGCAGACUGCUCUGCGUCCCCGGAGCUCCCACGGCCUGGGCUGGGACUCGUCUGCAGAGCUGCUGACGGCCCUGAGUCAGGAGGAGAGAGAGCUGCUGGAGACCAUCACUGAACAGGGCUACCCUCUACACACUGCCAUCCUGGCUCUGCAGAAGACUGGCUGCCGCAGCCCACAACAGAUCCUGAGUUACCUGGUGGCCAGUGACCGUCUGUGUGCGCUGGGCUACGAAGAGGCUCAGGUGGAGGAGGCCAUGGAGAUGUUCCAGAACUGUGAGAGCAAGGACAAGAUCUCCUACUACCUUUACUCUCUGUGGAGCAAGUCUUCCUUCCCGGUGGCUUAUGAGAAGCUCAACAUGUUCUGGUCUGUGAAGGUCUUCCAGGUUGGUAUCGGGAAGAACUUCUUGAGGUGUUGUGCUUUGAUUGCUCUGUGA